AUGAAGAUUAAGCCAAAAUGGCUGCGAGAUUUGGCUUCCUUGGUCUUCACCGUCUAUUAUCUUAUUGCUGCGGAACAGGCGGAUGAGAAGGUUCGACGCGUUCGAGGCACCUUGACUUUGGAGCAUCUGCGUGUGUCAUGGAACAAGGCAACGACGCCCUACCUAUGGGUGCUGGCGAGCCUGCUCCGUCCGAGGUUGACCCGUUAUGCGCCUCGGGCGAUACGUAUUGCUCGCCCGCUCCACUCCGUUCACGCGGAUCCUGUGAAUGCAUGGUUGUACUUUGACGGGCCUUUGAGUGCUCUCAAAGAUCAAAGUACAAUCAUCUUAGAUGUUCCAGGAGGUGGCUUUGUUGCCAUGGGGCCUCGCAACUCCGAAGAUAAGCUGUCCUCGUGGGCGGGUCGACUGAAGGUGCCAGUUUUGAGCAUCGACUACAAGAAGGCUCCAGAAUACGCAUACCCGUAUGCAUUGCAUGAGUGCUACGAUGUUUAUCACACUAUCAUGUCAACUCAUGGCCGUUGUCUCGGAUUGAGUGGAUCAACACGCCCUCGAGUCGUCGUGACUGGGGAAAGUGCGGGUGGGAAUCUUGCCGUCGGCAUGACACUGAUGGUGUUGCAGUCAGCCAUGGCACGGGGCUGGAAAGGCGAGGAUGUGCUUCCCCGUCCAGCUGGAUUAGUCCUGGCAUACCCGGCUCUGAGUGUGAGAGUUGAGAGCUGGAUGACUGACGAGCAAAUGUCGUUGAUACAGGAUAAAGACACUCGCCAGACCAAUCGAAGCAUUCUGCAGCGAAAGCAGGAUCAAUAUCGCAAAUUAACCCCCUAUACCUCCCCAGGGCACUCUGUUGAAGACUUGACUGCGAUCACGAAGCAAUCACCCCAGAAAACGGAGACACUUGAUGUUGCAUCCGAGACGUCGAAAGCACUCCGCGACAAGCUGAAGAAGAGUGAGGACCUGAGCAAGAAUACGAUUCCUGCACCGGAGGACCAGACUCAAUCUUUGAAAACAAGACUGGCUGUUUCAUCAAUGAUAUCUUAUGUGCAUGAUCGGAUACUCACUCCGGAGAUGAUGCGAGCUAUGAUCAUUCUUUACAUCGGCCCUCACCACCGGCCGGAUUUCAAUACAGACUUUUAUCUGUCACCCGUUCUGGCGCCAGACUCACUACUUGCGGCAUUUCCCAAGACCUACAUUUUAACUGGCGAGCGUGAUCCCCUGGUUGACGAUACGGUCAUCUUCGCAGGCAGACUGCGCCAAGCGAAGCUUCAUCAAUUCCAUGAGCGCCAAGACUUGGGUUUGGAGAAGUCUGCACAUGAAUUCAAUGAGAAGGAUCAUGUCGAGGUUUCGCUCAUCCCAGGAGUGUCCCACGGGUUCAUGCAAAUGGCGGGAUUCUUCCCGGAUGCAUGGAAAUAUAUCAACCGCAGUGCAAGCUGGAUCGAGAACAUCUUCGACACCAUGGAGCUCGACGGCUCCGAGUACAGUCUUCUUCAAACCUCUCAGCUCUCUGGUGUCCGAACUUCUGCAAGAUGGAGAGGCUCAACGAAGAGUAAUGGCAGCGCAAAAGGCUACUAUAGCAACCACCACCGCCGUUUCACAGGGGAGUCCUCUGCUGACGAGGACAAGCCACUGGAAAUAAGCAUGAGCAAGAUCACCUCGUCAUCUUACGACGACAAUCCACCGCCGGCUUCCCCAUUCUCGUCGCCGCCGCAGAAGAUCUCGUUCCUCAUUCGCAUCUUCCCGAAUGACCCGGUUGACGCGUACGAGAGACGAGUCUAG